AUGAUGCUGUUCAGACUGAUCCUCAGCCUGGUCUUCCUCGGUGCCUCCUGGGUAAGUGGGUCUGAACAAGCCCCAGCUGAAGAGAGGCAACCAGCUCCCAGCAGGGACCCAGGGAAUAGCCAGGCUGGCUGGGAGGGGAACAGGCUCUGGAGGCCCCCUUUUCUGCCAGAAGGAAACACAUUGGUACUCACUGGCAUUGUCUCAUGGGGCACCUCCAACUGCAGGCCCUCACCAGCCCCAUGGCCAGGCUGUGGCGUUCCCGCCAUCAAACUGGCACUGAUCUUCAGCCAGAGGACCAUCAAUGGGGAGAACGCAGUGCCACGAUCCUGGCCCUGGCGGGUGUCGCUGCAGGACAGCAGUGGCUUCCACUUCUGUGGUGGGUCCCUCAUCAGCCAGUUGUAGGUAGUCACUGCUGCCCAUUGCAAUGUCAGCCCCAGCUGCCAUUUUGUUAUCCUGGGUGAGUACAACCGAUCCUCUAAUACUGAGCCCGUGUAGGUUGUGUCCAUCUUGCAGGCCAUCACACACCCUAGCUGGAACCCCACUACCAUAAACUUGACGCUCCUGAAGCUCGCCUCACCAGCCCAGUACACGACAUGCAUCUCACCAGUUUGCCUGGCUGCCCCAACGGAGGUGCUCACUGCAGGCCUCACAUGUGUCACCAUUAGAUGGGGCCACAUCAGUGGUGUUGGCAAUAUGACACCAGCACGUUUGCAGCAGGUGGCUCUGCCCCUGGUCACCGUGAGUCAGGGCCAGCAUUAUUGGGGCUCACAUGUCACUGAUGCCGUGAUUUGCACAGGUGGUUCUGGUUCAUCCUCAUGCCAGGUGAGCAGCAGCACCUUAUCCUCUGUGUGGUCCCAUCGCACCCCCCAUGCUGACUUUUCCCCUCUCCUUUCCUCUCAGGGUGACUCUGGAGGCCCCCUUUUCUGCCAGAAGGGAAACACAUUGGUACUCAUUGGCAGUGUCCCCUGGGGCACCUCCAACUGCAGUGUGGGCACACCUGCCAUGUAUACUUGGGUUUGCAAGUUCAGCACCUGGAUUAACCAGGUCAUGGUCUACAACUGAGUCCACCACAAGCCCCUCUCCUGUCUCAGUCUAAUAAAGACUCCAGGCUCCAUUCUGUGUAUUCUUGUCUGUCCUCCUCGCUCUGGGGGAAAGAGAGGCUCUUGGGGGUCCCAGUCCCCACGUGGACUUUGUUUUCUAGUGCAGCAGGUGCUGAGGAGUCAGGAUCUUCCCACAGUAGCCAUGCCUAGGCUGGGGCCUUCAUCCCUCCUCCUGAACAAUCCCUGAUCCUACAACAAGGAGCAAGGACUCGCGGAACAAAUGGGCAGCCUUCCCUGGGGAGGGCAGCCUGUUUAUUGAUUACAGAGGAUACAUUUACAAAAUGAGUACACAAAAUAAAUAACUGCACAUUCUCCAUCCACGGUCCAUGGCAUGAAGGCCCAGGUGGGGGGCCUAUGAAAGGCCCAAGUCUCCAAACCCCUUUGUCCUACCCUCAGAACCAGGCCCAACCUGGGCCCAAGAGGGAAUAAAUCCCUGGUGCUUCAGGCCUCCAGAAGCACUUGAGGGAGGUGGGGGGCUAUAACGUUCAGGUUCUCUACUGCCUCCUGCCCCAGAGUACUGGUGGAUGGAGGGAGGGGAUGUGUAAGGCACAGUCAACUUGGCAUAGAGUGGUUGGUCUCUUUGGCUUGGUUUCCCAAUGGAGGGGGAACGUACAGGAAGAGGAGAGCCUAGCCAAGGUUGCCUACUGUGAGGAGCUACGUAGGGGCCAAA